GAACCCGUUCCCAAGACAAAGUGGGUUGAUGGAAAUUUGAGCCCGCCGGCCUUGGCAUGCCCGCCCGCCCACCGUUCCGUUGAGCGCGUCUCACCCCGAGAUGAGUGCCGAUUCAGCCGCCGCCGCCCCCUCGGUCCAGGGGCUGGGGAUCCCUGGGGGGCUGCAUGGUCGAUUUUCCUUCCUAAUUCAGUAAAUCUCAGAACCAAUCUGAAUCGCUCUUCUGUUGCUUCAAACCGCGCUUUUGAUUGCAAUCCCCUCUGCCUCGAGAUCGAAUCUGAUUACUCAAUUACGAAAUCGCCCGGCAGCAAUGCCGGUCCACUUGUCGCACCCCGGCCCGGUCUCUGCUCUCCCCAAAAUCUCCGCCUUCCGCUGUUCCGCUACAGAAUGGGGCUAAGCAGCGCCGAAAUUGCCAAGCGCGAGUCGCUCGACAGGGACUCCCGGCGACAGGGUCUAUGA